CACUGGUUCGAUGGAAUGGCUUUGCUUCAAUAGUUUAGGAUGGAGAGGGGCACAGUGACAUAUAGGAGCAAGUUUUUACAGAGUGAUAUAUAUAAGGCCAACAGUGCUCAUAGUCGAAUUGUGAUCUCAGAAUUUGGCACACUGGCUCUUCCUCAUCCAUGCAGGAAUAUUUUUGAAUGUUUCAUGUCCAAGUUUGAGCUGCCUGGUAAGGUUUCAGCAAUAACUGACGAUACCAAUGUCAACUAUGUGCGGUACAAGGGUGAUUAUUGUGUUAGUACUGAGACCAACUUUAUGAAUAAAGUGGACAUUGAAACUCUGGAAAGGACAGAAAAGGUAGACUGGAGCAAAUUCAUUGCCGUGAAUAGAGCCACUGCACAUCCUCAUUAUGACCCAGAUGGAACAGCAUACAACAUGGGGAACACCUAUGGGCCACAUGGUUCUUGGUAUUAUAUUAUUUGGGUUCCUCCAGAGAAGGUGGAUGUUGGGGAUACAAUCCAAGGAGCCCAGGUGGUAUGUUCUAUUGCUUCUGAAGAGCGUUUGAAACCUUCUUACUACCAUAGCUUUGGAAUGACAAAGAACUACAUAAUCUUCAUUGAACAACCUUUAAAGAUGAAUCUGAGGACAAUCACUUCUAAAAUUUGGUGAAAGGCCUUUUCUGAUGGAAUAAGCUGGGAACCCCAGUAUAAUACGCGGUUUCAUAUGGUGAAUAAGUACACUGGACAGCUUCUUCCAGGGAUGUCCUACAGUAAACCUUUUGUUACUUUUCAUCAAAUCAAUGCUUUUGAGGACCAGGGCUGUGUUGUAAUUGAUUUGUGCUGUCAAGAUAAUGGAAGAAACCUAGAUGUUUACCAACUGCAGAACCUUAGGAAAGCUGGGAAAGGGCUUGCUCAGGUCUACAACUCAGUAGCUAGAUCUUUCCCUCGGGUUUGGAGGUUCGUUUUGCCCUUACAAGUCAGUUUGAAUGCCCCUGAGGGGAAGAACCUAAACUUACUGUUGUAUUCUUCAGCCAGUGCUGUGAAACAGGCUGAUGGCAAGAUUUGGUGCUCUUAUGAAAAUCUAUAUCCUGAGAACUUAGAAGAGGAAGGAGGUGUUGAAUUUCCCCAGAUCAACUAUGGUCAAUUCAGUGGCAAAAAGUAUCAUUUCUUCUAUGGCAGUGGCUUUCGGCAUUUGGUGGGGGAUUCUCUGAUCAAGGUUGAUGUGAUGAACAAGACAUUGAUGGUUUGGAGAGAAGAUGGCUUUUAUCCUUCAGAACCUGGUUUUUUUUUUCCAAUACCAGGGACCAGUGAAGAAGAUGGUGGGGUUCUUCUUUCUGUGGUGAUCACCCCUGACCACAAUAAAAGCAAUUUCCUCCUAGUCUUGGAUGCCAAGAACUUUGACGAACUAGGCCAAACAGAGGCCAUAAGGCCUGUGAAAAUGCCUUAUGGGUUUCAUGGCACCUUCGUCACCAUGUGA